AUGGCCACUCUGCUUUGGAUUUUGACUCUGCACUCCGUCUCCCACGUCGUCGAGGCGCGAGCGGGCGACGGGAAGAGGGUAUGGGACACCUUCCUCAACAUGUCCUAUCCAGAUGGGCGGCUUCUGCUGCCCGACGAGGGCUUCCCUCCCGGUUUCAUCUGGGCGACCGGGACGUCGGCCUACCAGGUGGAAGGCGCGUGGAGGACCCACGGCAAGGGCCCGUCCGUGUGGGACACCUUCACCCACGCCCGGCACGGCCCGUCGGGCGACGUGACCAGCGACAGUUACCACCACCUGGACAGCGACCUGGAGGCGCUGAGGUUCCUCGGCGUCUCCCACUACCGCUUCUCAGUCGCCUGGACCCGCAUCUUCCCGAGCGGCGUGGCGGGGCGGCCCCGCGAGCAAGGCAUACGGUUCUACGACGGGCUCAUCCGGCGUCUCCUGGCGGCCGGCGUCCAACCCGUGGUCACGCUCUUCCACUGGGACCUCCCGCAGGCGCUGCAGGAUGCGGGCGGCUGGCAGAACGACAGCGUCGUCGACGCCUUCGCCGACUACGCCGCCUUCUGCUUCGAGGCGUUCGGAGACCGCGUCAAGCUGUGGAUCACGGUGAACAACCCCUACGCGGUGGCGACGCACGGCUACGGCAGCGGGCUGCACGCGCCUGGCGUCUCGGGCUCACACAGAGCCCCCUACCUCGUCGCCCACAACCUCAUUAAGGCGCACGCCCGCGCGUGGCACGUGUACCACACGCGGUUCCGCCACCGACAGCGCGGCCGGGUGACCAUCGCGCUCGGCUCGCACUGGGUCCAGCCACAGGGGGCCGGCAGGCCGCCCUCCGCGGCCGACACGGAUGCCUGCCAGCGCUCCGUCGAGGCGUCGCUGGGCUGGUUCGCCUCCCCCAUAUUCGGCGACGGGCGCUACCCGCGCUCGCUCCGGGAGCGCCUGUGGCACACGCUGCCCGAGUUUGACGAGAGCGAGCGGCGCGCCGUGCGCGGCACGGCCGACCUCUUCGCGCUCUCCUUCGGGCCGGACAACUUCGUGGGCGUCGAGGCGAAGGCGCGUUUCGGCCAGCGGCUGUCGCUGGGGCUCAGGGAGGUGCUCAACUGGGUGCGCGCGGAGUACGACGACCCCGAGGUGCUUGUCGUGGAGGCGGGCUGGCUUGUGAAGGCGCACGUCGGGCUGGACGACACCGCGUCCAUGCACGUGCACAAGAGCUUCAUCGGCGAAAGCCUCAAAGCCAUGCACUGGGACGGCGUGAGGCUGGUCGGCUACACGGCCUGGUCGCUCGUCGACGGCUUCGAGUGGCGCUCCGGCUUCUCCAUUCGCAGGGGCCUGUUCCACGUCGACUUCUCCAGCGAGGAUAAGCGGCGGUGGCCCAAGAGUUCCGCGCACUUCUACCAGCAGGCCGUGGCCAGCAAUGGCCUGCCGGCGUCUGAGGAGAGGGCCUUCGCCACAGGCACGUUCCCCUGCGACUUCCUGUGGGGAGUCAGUGACGGCGUUGUGCAGGUCGAGACGCCGCCGGUGUCGCCGCAGUUCAGCGACGGCGCCGUGUACAGAUGGAACCGCGGGGGCGACGGCAAACUGCAGCGCAUUGCCGCACUCACGGCCACGCGCCGCCGCUCCGACUGCCCAGACUACCCCGGUAUCAGGGAACGGAUCUCCCUGCUCAAGAAACUCCAGGUCAAUGCCUACCGUUUCUCGUUCAACUGGAGUCUCAUCGCCACGGGCGAAGGUGCCACCAACUCGUCUGCCCUUGAGUACUACAGGUGCUAUGCCAAGGAGCUGCACCGAGCGGGCAUCGCCGUGGUCGCCGUGCUAUACCACCCGACCCACCACCACUCAGGCCUGCCGGCCGUGAUUGCGCGGCACGGCGGCUGGCUCAACGCAUCGACGGCACCGGCGUUCGCCGCCUAUUCCCGCCACUGCUUCGCGCAUCUCGGGGCCCAUGUGAAGACUUGGAUCACGGUCAAUGAGCCGGGCAAUGUACGGCUGCUCGAUGGGCUCCGGGGCCACGAUGGGAUGGCUUACGCCGCGGCCCACAACCUGCUGCGGGCCCAUGCAGCUGCCUGGCACAUCUAUGACAGUGAGUUCCGCGGCAGGUACGGGGGUCGCGUGUCCAUCGCACUGCGGGCAGACUGGGCCGAGCCGGCGAACCCGUAUGCGGCGGCCGAUACCGCAGCCGCGGAGCGUGCCCUCGUCUUCCAGACCGCCUGGUUCGCUGACCCAAUUUUCCGCACGGGACUCUACCCCACGGAGAUGAGGGCCUGGCUGGAGGAACGGCUGAGGCGGCGAGGGGGCCACGACAGUGGCGGCGAAGCGACGCGCCUGCCGAGUUUCACGGAGCAGGAGGCCGGUCUCGUGCGGGGCACGGGCGAUUUUCUGGCGGUCAGCCACUUCACGGCGAGACUGGUGCGGCACGAGCAGCGCAAUGGGACGGGGUACGAGGCUGAUCAGGAAGUCCGCUCAUCGGUGGACACCACCUGGCCACGGUCGCCCUCUGGGGCAGCGAUCUUUCCACAAGGCAUCAGGAAGGCCCUCCGCUGGAUUGCGAGAAGGUACGGGCAGUCGCUGCCCAUCUACAUGAUGGCCAACGGGUUGGUGGACAGAGCUGCACUGCACGACGAUGCACGGACCUACUACCACCAGAGCUACAUCAACGAGGUGUUGAAAGGUGAGGUGUGGGUGACACGAUGGCGCAGUGGACGCUCGACUAUCUGGGGUAACAGCAUGGGCAAGGCUUAUAUAAAACAAAAACACGGAUAAUGCACACUUACGUAGGCUGACAUAUAAUGUCUUUAUUGCUUCUUAUCUCUAGCUUGUCCACAUCUAUGUUAUCCUCCUUUGAGCUUUAUCUCUGCAUCUUGCUCAUCUUUUCUCAUUCCAUCUCAGGGCAGCCAUAGCUUCGCUGGCCGAUCCCCAAAGCCUUUUUUGAGAUGGGCAGAAUCUACAUUGCAUGUAAUUUG